GGUCACACUGAGCUUCAAGCAACAUUGAGCCCAGGACAAUUUUGAGUCCAAUUGGAAUUUUCGUAGUUUCUCGCCAGGCCAAAAAUACAAAUUUGAUAUUCUCCGUUUGCUGCAUCCAGGUGGCUGUGCACGAGGUGUCAACGGUUCCAAACCUUUACCAAGGCCGACAACUUCUCACACUCAGUCGACACUCUCGUCGUCAUCCAUCAACAAUUGCUCGCCCUAUCGCCAGGAGAUACUCGUCGAAGGCUAGAAAACUGCCCUUCGCACCUGAGACAGCAACUGCCGUUGCCAGUCGAGCACCAACACCAGCAAAAGUUAACCAGUUGACCACGACAACAUCGUCAGUGGAGGAGCGGACAGAUCCUGUCCAAGAGAGCGACAUGGAGCGUCGCUAUUUGAAAAAUCCCUUUCCCGACUUCGCCGGCGGCGAGAGCACACCGUUUGCCAGCGAUGAGGAGCACAUCAAGAACCUGAUCUGCACCUAUGUGGACGCCAUACUGGAGCACUGUCAUCCCAAUGGCGACGACGAUCAACGCGGCGAUCUGUAUGUGGGCAACGCCGGCAUAGCCUUCAUGUUCUGGAAACUGGCCAGUUGUGAGCAGACACGUGACCUUUAUCCGGCCCUGGAACAUGCCUCCGCUUUCAUCCGGAACGCCAAGGCCAAUGCCAAGCGGUACAAGAAGCGCUCCGCCGAGCGUUACUCGUUUUUGUGCGGCAAUGCCGGCAUCUAUGCCGUCUCCGCGGCCAUCUCGCAGGCUCUCAAGGACACCGAGGAGCUGUCCAACGAUCUGGCCGACUUCAAGUCGGGCAUACCGUCCAGCAAGGAGUUCAUGCACACAAAAUACGGCUGCGACGAGGUGCUGGUCGGACGUGCCGGCUACCUAUCCGGCUGCUACUGGCUGAACGAUGUGCUGCCCGAGAAGAAGAUCACCGACGACGACCUGAUCUCCAUUUGCCAGCUAAUAGUGACCAGUGGUCGGGAAUACAGCAAGAUGAAUCACUCACCGCUGCCGUUGAUGUAUCAGUACCAUGGUACCGAGUAUCUGGGCGCUGCCCACGGCCUGUGCUCCAUUCUGCACAUGCUGCUGGAUAGCCCAUGGUUCCGCACCGUUCCCAUUUCGGCGCCCGCCGCCGAGCUGCGCGACAUUAAGCGCUCGAUUGACUUCUUCCUCGAGCUGCAGGACGACGAGGGUAAUUUUCCCGUGGCUUUGGAGGAUCUGCGCUCGGGCCGUGAAAAGCGUCUGGUGCAUUGGUGUCACGGUGCUCCCGGCGCUGUCUACGUAAUGGCCAAGGCCUAUUUGAUUUUCAAAGAGGAGAAGUACUUGGAAUCGCUGCGACGCUCGGCCGAUCUGGUGUGGAAGAAGGGCUUCCUGCGCAAGGGACCGGGCAUUUGCCACGGCGUUGCUGGCAGCGGCUAUGUGUUCCUGCUUCUGUUCCGGCUGACCAAUGAGGUGAAGUACAUAUACCGGGCUCACAAGUUCAUGGAGCUGCUAACGGAUGCGGAAUUCAAGCAACGCGCCCGCACACCCGAUCGUCCGCACAGCCUAUACGAGGGUGUGGCCGGCACCGUUUGCUUUCUGGUGGAUUUACUGGAGCCGGAGCAGGCCUACUUUCCGUUUAUGGACGUCUUUCACUAGGUUUACGCACUUGACACCGAAUCAAUGCUCAAUCAAAUCAGGGAGAGAGUUAAACCACAAUUCUAGUCACUUGUUUUUCGAUGAUUUUUACGUUUCGUAGUUCUUUCAUUGUUGCCUUUGUGUUGGAGUUGGAGGAGGAGUUGGAGGAGGAGGGACUGCAGUUGGAGUGGGAGUUGGAGACCGAGGCCUCAUGCAUGCAGGAAUGUUCACAGCCAUUCUCAUAUCAAAAUUCUCUGUGCUUUACGCUAAGCAAUUAACUUAACAAACAAAAAAAAAACAUUGAUACUUAUAUAUACACAGACAUAUAUUACAAAUACAUUAUAUUUAUAUACAAUCUAUAUUAUAUACAUAUACACAUACAUUCUAUAUAUAAUAUAUUUGCGCUGACAUCUACAUAGUAUAUAUAUAUUUAUAUAUAUAUAUAUAUACAGACAAACCAUACAUACUUACAUGCAUAAUGUGCUUUAUACCUCUACGAGUAAUCCACGAAGAGCUCUAAAUCUAUUGUCAAUGAGAAUCAAAAUAAAUCAUUGUACUUAUUUUA